AGUCACGUCCGCGGACUUCUCUGGCCCUCGUGGUCCGAUGCAUGUAGGUAAGAUGCAAUCACUAGUGGUCCUGGGUGAUGCAGCUACAAGUUACGUAACUUUUGUAUUCCCGGUGGCCUGGCAAGAAUGGUUGGCCGCUAUUGCUGCCUGUUUUGUGUGCCCGCAGAUUUCUAUGGUGGUGGGCAGGGGCCCUCGUGCUCUCGCGCUCCAUCCUGCGGCGGCGGGGCGGCACGUACUGCGGGCCGUCUGAAUCAGUCGGUCGUGCUGCUCCCACGUGCUGGCGAGGGGAGGGUGGGCGAUCAACCUUUACCGGUUCCCGACAGAAGCUGGAGCCCGCCGGAUGCGAUCAGAAUGCACAAAGCUCACAGAGCUCAGUCUAAUUAGGGAAGCAGAAUUUGUCAAGUCAGUGCUAUGAGGAAGAUGAGGCUGCAUGCACAAGGUGGCCGGCAUACUGGGUUUGAAGAAGCCUGGCAUCUUCUAGUCUAAAGGGUAUAUAAAGACCCAGUCAUAGUAAGAUAGCUCUCAAUCACGUUUUCCAAAUCCAGGAUAUUGGUAGUUCGGAAAAAGUGAACCUCAUAGUGAGAAUCCAGUUGUGCGUGAAGGCAGCCGGGUUUUGGAAUCCGGUGUGAUUUAUUAAUAUUCUGAGGUUAUUUGGCCUCUAGUCCUGUGUCACGAGUAGAAACAUUUACUCCAGGCUGCUAAAUUACUGGUCUCCAUGCAAGUACGGGGCAUCCUCGAUGUGGUAACUUAAUCUCCGGUGAAAUGCCCGGAAGGGCAUGCAUAUAUCCUUUUUGUCAAUGAAUGAAGUUAUAUUGAAGACCACCAACUUGAGUCUGUCUCCUUGCUAUUUUUAUGCGUAUUAGGGUUAAGCUUGGGGAGGCAGGUAGGCGCUGAAGACCCAGUAUAUAGGCAUGGAAACAAAUUCUCUCUGGAAUCCCAUCAGUGUUUACAAAGUAACUAAUGUUACAAUGCAACUCUCCUGAGAAAGAGCCAUCUAAAGGGAGAAAUCUGUGCAGCCUUUGUCUUUGGCCGUGAGGGUAGAAACAAAGAAACCGGUACCCUAAUAGAAGCCUUCCGAUUCUAGUCUCUGCUAAAGUAAGACUUAAUGCCUUCUGGCUUGUAGUAAGUUAGGUUUGAUACUGUUGCAGUACUGUUGCCCCAAAAUUCAGGGUGUGGCUACAUUCUAGGGUACAGAGGGGAGGGCCUUAGGACUCAAGGUAGCAUUGUUAGCAAAUAAUUUGCCCUCUGGUGGCCUGAGUAUGCUUGUAGGUAAGGCAGUGAGGAUUUUCUGUAGGAAAGUAGUGUAAACCAUCACCGGGUCUGGGCAAGAUGACUCAACCUUUCAACUUCGAGGCUUUUGAGAAAUUUUUCUUCCUUGGCUCUUCAGGGCAAAGCAUACUCACCUCCGGGCUGUCUUUCCAAGUGGGUCCAUCAAGCCGCUCUGAGUCAAAAAACCAGCAAUAUGCCAUCAAAAGCCCAGACCCAGAGAACCAAAGGACUUCAGGAGCCAUGCCGAAGCCACACAGCGAAGCAGGGACUGCCUUCAUUCAGACCCAGCAGCUCCACGCAGCCAUGGCCGACACCUUCCUGGAGCACAUGUGCCGUCUGGACAUUGACUCCGCGCCCAUCACGGCCCGUAACACCGGCAUCAUUUGUACCAUCGGCCCUGCUUCCCGGUCUGUGGAGAUGCUGAAGGAGAUGAUCAAGUCUGGAAUGAAUGUGGCUCGGCUGAAUUUCUCUCAUGGAACCCAUGAGUACCAUGCAGAGACCAUUAAGAACGUGCGAGCGGCCACAGAGAGCUUUGCAUCUAAUCCCAUUCUCUACCGUCCCGUGGCGGUGGCUCUGGACACAAAGGGACCUGAGAUCCGGACAGGACUCAUCAAGGGCAGUGGCACUGCAGAGGUGGAGCUGAAGAAGGGAGCCACUCUGAAGAUCACCCUGGACAACGCCUACAUGGAGAAGUGUGAUGAGAACAUCCUGUGGUUGGACUAUAAGAACAUCUGCAAGGUGGUGGAGGUGGGCAGCAAGAUCUACGUGGACGAUGGGCUCAUCUCACUGCAGGUGAAGGAGAAAGGUGCUGACUUCCUGGUGACAGAGGUGGAGAAUGGUGGCUCCUUGGGCAGCAAGAAGGGUGUGAACCUGCCCGGCGCUGCUGUGGACCUCCCCGCUGUGUCAGAAAAGGACAUCCAGGACCUGAAGUUUGGGGUAGAACAGGAUGUGGACAUGGUGUUUGCGUCUUUCAUCCGCAAGGCAGCCGACGUGCAUGAAGUUAGGAAGGUCCUGGGAGAGAAGGGGAAGAACAUCAAGAUUAUCAGCAAAAUCGAGAACCAUGAAGGUGUCCGCAGGUUUGAUGAGAUUCUGGAGGCCAGCGAUGGGAUCAUGGUGGCUCGUGGUGACCUGGGCAUUGAGAUUCCUGCAGAGAAGGUCUUCCUGGCUCAGAAGAUGAUGAUCGGCCGAUGCAACCGUGCUGGAAAGCCUGUCAUCUGUGCCACGCAGAUGCUGGAGAGCAUGAUCAAGAAGCCACGCCCCACCCGUGCUGAAGGCAGUGAUGUGGCCAAUGCAGUCCUUGAUGGAGCAGACUGCAUCAUGCUGUCUGGAGAAACAGCCAAGGGGGACUACCCUCUGGAGGCUGUUCGCAUGCAGCACCUGAUAGCUCGGGAGGCUGAGGCAGCCAUGUUCCACCGUCUGCUGUUUGAAGAGCUUGUGCGAGCCUCCAGUCAAUCCACGGACCCCAUGGAGGCCAUGGCCAUGGGCAGCGUGGAGGCUUCUUAUAAAUGUUUAGCGGCAGCUUUGAUAGUUCUGACGGAGUCUGGCAGGAGUGCUCACCAAGUGGCCAGGUACCGCCCUCGGGCUCCUAUCAUCGCUGUGACGCGCAAUCCCCAGACUGCUCGCCAGGCUCAUCUGUACCGUGGCAUCUUCCCUGUGCUGUGUAAAGAUGCCGUGCUGAAUGCCUGGGCUGAGGAUGUUGACCUCCGUGUAAACUUGGCCAUGGAUGUUGGCAAGGCCCGAGGCUUCUUCAAGACUGGAGAUGUGGUCAUUGUGCUGACCGGUUGGCGCCCUGGCUCUGGCUUCACCAACACCAUGCGUGUAGUGCCUGUCCCUUGAUGGCCCUCUGGAGCCCCUCUUCUAGCCCCCUGUCCCUUCCCCUCCCCUAUCCUACCCAUUAGGCCAGCAACGCUUGUAGUGCUCACUCUGGGCCAUAGUGUGGCGCUGGUGGGCUGGGAUACCAGGAACAAUUAAUGCAAUAGAGCCCAGCUAUUUUUCAUGGCCCAACUUGAGUCAGGGGUGAAGGAGGAAUUUACAGAAGGGCAGCAUCAUCUCUGUGUACUUUGCUCCUGUAGGAAGUUGUCCAGAGAAUUUCCAGCCCUAGACUGGUGUCAGGAGAGGGCAAGAGUAGGGGCUGAGGGCGUGGGGCCCAGGGUCCCGAUGUAGAUGACUUUUGGCCCUGGCCCUGACUUGCUUUCCCAACAGCUUUGGCCUCCCCGCCCCUCCUUGUGCGUGCACUCCACUGCUGUCUGCAGACACUCCACUCUCCACCUUGUAUUCUGCAGUCUCCAGGCCUGUUGCUAUAGUGCCCACCUGAAUGUCAAUAAACAACAGCUGAAGCACCUGU